CUAGCAACGCGCUAAGCUUGGUGUCUGUGUCCUUUAUUAGCAGCACUUUGAAUCCGACAAUCUUUAAUCCUUUUGGACGGAUUUGGGUUUCAAUAUUAGUGAAUUUACUGCCUUCAUACUGCAAAAAUGAGCCUGUCUCUCAGGACAGACCUAACUGCUGAUAAGAGUAAAAGGAAGAAAAGGAGAGAACUUACCGAAGAGCAAAAUGUUGAAAUCAAGGAGGCAUUUGAACUCUUUGAUACAGACAAGGACAAAGAAAUAGAUUAUCAUGAGUUAAAGGUGGCGAUGAGAGCACUUGGAUUUGAGGUGAAGAAAGUAGAUGUGUUGAAGAUCUUAAAAGACUAUGACAGAGAAGGAACCGGGAAAAUAACAUUUGAAGAUUUCAAAGAAGUGGUGAUGGACAUGAUAUUAGAAAGAGACCCAAAAGAAGAAAUCUUGAAAGCUUUUAAACUGUUCGACGAUGAUGAAACGGGAAAGAUCAGCCUGAGGAACCUGCGGCGAGUGGCCAGAGAACUUGGCGAAGACAUGAGCGAUGAAGACCUGCGCGCCAUGAUUGAUGAAUUUGACACAGACGGGGACGGCGAGAUUAAUCAAGAGGAAUUUGUCUCUAUCAUGACCGGCGACUCGUGAGCUGCUGUGUUUUUUGGAAAUCGAUUACUAAAGAUUUCACAGCACAUUUAGGCUGUGAAGAAUCAAUCGUUCAGUUUGAAGACUGAUCUUAUUCAUGAACAGUAAACUCCAUUGCAGAUGUAUUGAACGGUAGACCUGGUUGGUGUUAAAAGUCUGGACAGAAGCUUGGAAAGAACUGUACGUGAUCAACAAAGGAAAUUUCAGGUCAUGAAUUGGCUGGUUAGUUUUUCAACGGAUUACUUUAUAUUUUAUGAUCAGAAACCUCUUGUUAUUACUUUUAUUAAUGAUUUGUGUUGUAGUUGUUCAUCUUGCAUUUGAAAUAACAUUCCAGAAGUACUAUUUAUUGUAAAUCCUUAGUAAAAAAUUACAUUUUCAUUUGUUUCUUUGGCUAAAAAGUGCUAAAAAAAAAAAAAAAGGAGCAGAAAAUCUGUUGGUUUAGAUUAGUAAAUGUGCCAUUAUUUGAUGUUAUGGCUGUACGAACUAGAGGUUAACCGAUAUAUCGGUUUUACCGAUUCAUUGCUGUCGAUAGUUGCUUUUUGGAACUGUCGGUUAUCUGCAAAUUGACGCUGAUAGUUGCAUUAUUCUUUUUUAAAUUAUUAAUCCUCUGUGACCAAAGCCCUUCAUCUGUUGAAUAUAUAUAUAUAUAUAUAUAUAUAUAUAUAUAUAUAUAUAUAUAUACUACUAAAAGCUUAAUUUGGUGAAUUUUUACUUAAAAUAUCUUUGCAACAAAGCCAUGACUUUGUCUGCAUUGCUUUUUAUGGACUAAAUCAUGAUUAUUAUUGUGAAAUGUUAUAAAAAAAAUAAAAUAAGACAAGUAUGACAAUUCACAAGCUAUCGCUGAUGGUCUACUAUUGAUGAAUGAUGAUCUACUUUAUAUUAUUAAUGCUCAUACAGUAUUUAUUAGUAUUUAUUUACUUUAAAGUAAUUCCAUUGUUAUACAGUACAUUAAAGAGGAUUAUAAGUGUGCAUGUUUUGUUUAACUUGCGUGUUUGUUUGAGCUGGAAGCACAUACAUGUCAAAAUAAGAGUCCCCAGUCCAUUUCAGGCUUGUUUAUAAUUAAAAGUCCUGCUUUAUGCACCAAAUCUUUAUUCAUUUAUGGUUAUUAUUGGGAUUUUGGUUGCACAACAAACACGCAUCAGGCCUUUUUCACUACCUUAGUUGUCAGUAUCGGCAAAAUCCACUAUCGGUCAACCUCUAAUAUCGACAGACUAUUAUAUUAUACUGUGAUAUUUAGUGGCACAUUAUUUUGUGGCUCCUGAGAUUUAAAGGGUGUUUUUAUUUUUUAUUUUAUAUUUUGUUUCUCAAUCUUGUCCAGUAGAGGGAGACAUUAAUCAUAGAAAAUCAGGGCUGCUGUUGAAUUUUCUGGGUUUUCAAAACAACAGUAUUCGGAUAUGUUAUUUGAGUCAAAGGAAAAAGAGAGAUUCCUAUUCAGAUGAUGCAGAACUUUUACAUCUGUAACAUUAUAGAGUGAAAAAGAUGCAUCAGAAGCCACACAAGCAAACAAAUUGAAAUAUGAAAUGCAAAGCAAAAUGGUUCUAAAAUUCUUCUUCCAAGCCCGUAUGACCUUGUCUCUUCCAUGAAACAAAAAGAGAUGUCCGUCAGAAUCUCCUUUUGUGUCCCAUGGAAGAAAGUCAUACUGGUUUGAAACACCAUGAAGGUGAGUUAAUGAUUUUCGGAUGAACUGUUCCUUUUAAACACACUUUACAUUUGUGUGUGAAGGAAACUUCUUUCAAGGAACCACUUGUUUUAUUCAAAAAGGUUUUUUUUUUCUCUCUGUAUUGAAAAUUGAAUGCCUUCCUAUAUGUGAUUAUGUUGUCAAUACACCAUGACACAGAGAUGACAGGAAGGCUUUAAAUGUGUUGAGCAUUGCCUUGCCUCUUAUAACACUGUCCAAAAUGAAACCUGUGAUUGCAGCUUUAAAUCCAGACAUAUCCUUAAUGUUGUGUGGAUAAUUUAUUGAAUGUGUGUCUAAGAAGCUGAGGUUGCAUUGCAAGAGGUAAGAACAAUCACCUAUACAUCACUGUUGCCGUGCAUCACAGACAUGGGUCAGAGACCACAGGUGGAAAUGAAGCCAUAUUUUUCUAAAUGCUACGUCUAAACGGAUAGGGUCAAAAUUUGUACAAAAGUUUGGUAAAUGGAUGUGAUUUGCACAACUCUUAUCGGACUUACAAUAUGAUCUAGAUACUGUAAAAGAAUGAACCUCUUAAUUAACAUAACAAUGUCUUUGCAUUGUGUAUCUGAUGAGGACUUAAAAUUACGAAUUUCUAAAAAGGAAGACUAAGAUUUUUCACAAGAUCAGAAAUGAAAAUGAACAGAUGUGACUUCAAGUACUUCAUUACUUCAGUUAUUUAAACAUUCGAGUCACUUUAGACAUUUAAGUUGAAUUAAAAUUCUGUCAUCAUUUAUUCACUCAUGUCAUUCCAAACCUCUGACUUACUUUCUUCUGUGGAAACUAGGUGCAUUAUGGUCGGUUGCACGACAUUCAACAACCAAUGACGUUUGGUGUCAUUGACAUCGUCAAACAUGCUGCGAUUCGCCUUCACACUUAAAGUCUGAAUAAGCAUUUUGAGAUAUUUGAUGGCGGGCAAGAUUUUCACUGAAAUGUCGGUCCGUUUCUCACAAUGUUUUUUUAAUGAGUAGAAGCUUUUGAAUAUUCUAUUCUAGAAGUUCUAUUCUACUUUUAGGAUACUUUUAUGGAGAUUUGUUUUUUGGAGCUUGACAGUCAACAUAUUGUUUAAUUGUAUGAAAAAGGGCAGUGACAUUAUUCCUUUAAAUAUAUAUUUAUGUUCUGUGGAAUAAGUCAUUGAUUUUGGAAAUAAAUGUGGUUGUGUAAAUAAUAAAUUUGUUUUAAGUGGAAUAUUACUUUAAAUACAAAAUACAAUGAGAAAAAAAUUAUAUAUUUUUAGACUUAAAAUACAUUAAAUAUCAAAAUAUAGUUGAUCAAUGUUGACGCA